CAUUAAAAACAAAGAGUGCGUGUUAUUCAGCCUGAACGGUUCCACCGUCACAUGACGUGCGGCCCCCUCUGCAGCAAGUUUCAACGGAUCUGCUGUCAGUCCACAGAGUUGGCGAACACACAGUGGAUCCUCAAGUGUGUCUGCAGGCAACAGAGCUGACUGCAGGCUAAAGCUUGUCGGACAGAACACACCCUCUGACACACUGACACACACACACACACACACACUCUGCACAUUCAGUACAACACACAGCGAGACGCAGCGCGGAGAGACCGAGAGGUAAGAAGGCUACAACACACUAUAUGUAUAGACAAACACCCGUUAUAAACGCUGAUUCCAAAGUAACCAUAGAACUUUCUGACGUGGUAUUUCGCAGCUGUACAUGUUUUAUAUGCCAACAAUUAAUUCUUAGCAUCCUGGAAGCAGUGAGUUGACGGUUCAGUGGUUUGGUCAAUAAGCAGAGAAAAGGACGUCCUUAUUGAGAAAAUAAGUGAAUUUCAAAACAAGCAUUACUCAAAAAGCUGAAGAACUGGUUUACCGCAACACAUCCAGACUGUCGAGGUUCUUAUGCGUUUUUUGUUCAGGCCUCAGAAAUGGCAGAACAAGAGUCAUCUGCUGCUGAGGGUCAGUCAGCACGCCGUGGUCUGGCCGCGCCCCCUGCAGGCAGCCACGGGGUACUGCUGGACGGACUGAGCUUCACCCCACUGGACGCCAACGGCGUUCCACCUUUCCCACGCUCUCCAAAACUACAGAGGAAGAUCGCUAUCGCUGCUCAGCCCUCUCAGGAGCAGCUGGUCAGACGUCUGGAAGAGCUGCAGGCCGAGUGGUCCAGGACCGGGGCUCACAUCCAGUCUCUGAAGAAACGCAAGGCUGACCUCUCUCAGGUUCGAGAGGACUUUGAGAACAUGCGCUGCGUGCUGAAGCAGGAUGAGCAGGCCGUCCAGGACUACCUGGAUCUUGAUCUGAGGCAGACCAGAAGCAGACGGGACCAGGUUCUGAACAAGUGGCAUCACCACCAGGACCAGGUCAACAAGAGCAUCGGCAGCCUCCAGAGAGCACUGAGCUCCAGCCCGGCGGAGGAAGGCAGGAAGUCUGACCCUCUGAGGUACACACUGCACCAUUACACACAGUCCCAUACAGCCCUGUUGCUGACCACUCUGUCUCAUUGUAAUCUCUCAGUCCAAAGAAGCCGGAUGCCUCGGAGAAAGAUAUCCGCCUGAACGAAGAGCGCUUUCAAAGGCUCCUGAAGACGCUGUCCUCCAUCUCCAAGCA